UACAAAAAUAAAAUCUAAGAAAUGUCAAUUACUGUGUUUUAAAAUCGAGUAACCAUGAUAUAGAUUGGAAAAAAAUACCCAAUUUAAACGAUACAACGAAACAAGACAAAAAAUUACAUUUUAAAUAUAUGAAACAGAAAGUAUAAGUGAUAAAAAUGAUGCCAGAUUACGUUAUUUAAAAACGUAAGACCAUUAAGCGUUAACAAAAAAUUUUCUCUCCCUGUGUUUUCAUAGAAUAGCUUUUGUUAAUUCCGUAAUCUCGUAGUAACUAUUGUCCUCAAUUUAAGACAGUAAAUAUUAUUUUGAAAACAUCACUCUUAAUCUUACUAAGCUUCAGCAUUGUGUACAUUAAUAUGUUAAUCAUCAAUAAGUAUAAUACAUUGAGUGUCCUUGUUGUAUGACAACUUUAUUAACUUUCAUCAGUAUCUUUAGAUUCUUCUGAAACCAACAAUCAAAUUGAACAUGAAAUUUAAUAUUGAAUCAAUGACUUCAUAUAACAGUAUUCAUCCAACCUAUCAACACACUGAACAAUUUGAAAAUAAUAUUGAGUCUUACCGUGAUGGAACCCAGUGGUUUGGUAUUUUACUCGCUUUCAUAUCUGGUGCCUUUUUUACUAUAAGUUCAGGUUUUGUUAAAGCUGUUAAAAAUGUCGACCCUAUGGUUCUACUUGGAAUUCGUGCUAUUCUACAAAUUAUAACUACAAUUUUUAUAGCUAUUCGAUAUGGGAAAAAUCUUCUUGGACCGAAAGGAUCUCGACUACUGCUCAAUUUUCAAGGAAUAGUCGGAGGGAUGACUUUAGCAUUGCUAUAUUAUAGUUUUAGAAAACUACCUCUUGGUGAUGCAACUACUAUUAUCUUCAGUUCUCCUAUUAUCGUUUUAGUGUUAUCAUUUCUUUUUCUUAAAGAACCAUGUGGGGUUUUACGAAUCUUCGUAGUGACUAUACUUUUUACCGGAGUUAUUUUAGUAUCAAGACCUCCGUUUAUUUUUCAGAUUCAUGAAACAGAAUCUUACGAUAUGAUGGGUUACAUUUGUGCUAUUGCAGCAACUUUCUUCACAGCAUUAAACAUUGUUAUAAUGAGAAAAUGUUCAGAAAUUCAUUACUCUGUUGUUGUUCUCAACAUUUCAAUGUGGAUUCUUGUCUCAUCUAUUCUAUUCUUUUUCUUUGUUUCGGAAGCUCAUCAACACAUCAAAGCGUUUCCGAAUGACUGGAUGACAUGGGGUCUAAUACUUUUGGUUGCUGCAACUGGACUUUGUGGUCAAAUACUAGUCACCAAAGCUUUAAAAAUCGAAGGAGCGGGUAAAGUGUCUGUCACACGUUCUCUAGACAUUAUAUUAGCGUAUGUUAUUCAAGUAUACUUUUUUGGUGAUAUACCAAACUCUACCAGUAUUAUCGGUGCAGUUUUGAUACUUGGUGCUGUUAUUACAAUAGGAUUUGAAAGAGAAAUUUAUGGAAUUUGUGAUUAUAUACCUUAAUGUAAAUAAAUGUAAUUAAUGUUGUGAUGAAAGCUUAUAAAUUUAUAUAAAAUUUUUCAUGCAAUCAAGACAUGUGAUGUUUCUUUUAAUCCUCUGCAGAUAAAUCAAUUCUUAAAAACACUCACUGCUAAAUAUUAAUAUAGCAUAUUUAUUGAGUAUAAUACGAUUUAAAAAAAAGUUAUAUUCUAUACUUUGGACGUUGAAGAUAUUGUUUCAAUGUAAUCAUUAGUUAUUAAAACAAAAAAUAGAAUAAUACAAUUACGGAUUACUAAAAAUCGCAUCGUUAUACCGAUUUCAACAAUUUUUACAAUUUAUUAAUUAAUUCAAUUAGAAUUUAUAAACUAUUUUGUUGUUAUUAGUAAUAUGUUUAUUUAAUGUUAAAGUGACAAAGUUUUCAUACACAAUUUAUAAUAAUUUUUCAAUUUAAAGAUCAUUCUAUAAAUUAUAUUACGACUGUAAUCAACAUUUCUAACUUAAACAAUAAAAUAAUAUUUAGCUUAAAACUCUUAUACAUGUUAAUAUUGACUAAAAUUCUACCAUAAAACAUAGAUAAAUAUUUACUAUUGAUUACUUCUUUUAACAUUAUUUGUAAAAUUAAAAUUACUUACAAAUUUGUGAUUAUAUUACAGCUCAAGUAAUAUAUAUUGAACCGUUUUAUUCUUUUAAUAGUUUUAAUUGUUGAAAAUAUUAUUUUUCUUUUUUUUUCUUUUUUAGUAUAUAUUUAUUAAAGCGAUUUGGUAUGAAAGAUGUUUUUUUUUCUCAGUACUUAAAUGUCUACAGAAAUUAAUCACUUUCUUGUUACUACUAUGAAUUUUUGUGUAUUAGUCAAGCAGUAAGUUAUCAUAUUCAAGCAUUCGAAGUUAAAAGUUAUGAGAAUCUUAUAUACAUAUUGUUUUUGUCAAUAAUUUCGACAUCAAUAAUGAUU